UGCUCAGCCAAUGAGAUAGGCUGGGUAUCAGAAAAUAACCGCCCAUAAGAGACGAACAACAAAUAUGGAGUUUUGAAAUUGUAGCAAGUUGGCGGCCAAAAAGACCCUAAAUUUCGGCGUUUUUGUAGUUACACGAGUGGUAGUUUUCUACCUGACUGAAGUGACGCGAUGCAAUCAUAUCAAACGUAGUUUAUGUUUUGUAGCAGGCGCCGUUGAACGGGUAAACAGUUCGGUAUCUUGGCUUCGACAAAAACAAGGCUUAGUAGCUAGCUAGCUAAAGCCGUAGCAUUUGCUGGUUUUCACCCUCACCGUGCUUUGCUCAAUAAGAGACGAAGAGCACGACCCGGGCAGAAAUGGAGAAGAGAGAUUUCUUGAAGGGACUGCCCGUCUACAACAAAAACAACUUCAGCAGGUUCCAUGCAGACUCGGUGUGCAAAGCCUCAAACCGUCGACCAUCUGUGUAUCUUCCAACUCGGGAUUAUCCCUCAGAGCAGAUCAUAGUCACAGAGAAGACAAACAUCUUAUUACGUUAUCUACAUCAACAGUGGGAUAAGAAGAAUGCGGCAAAAAAGCGAGAACAGGAACCAACAGAAGGGGAGAACACGGCACCUCCACGAAAAAUUGCAAGAACAGACAACAGAGAGCCGAAUGAAGCUUCAUAAACUGCUGCGCCAUCGAUUCUCUGAAUAGAGACUAACCCACUCAGACAAAAUGCACGAGCCGCUGCAAAAUACAUGUUUGCAAACAAGUUUGCCACGGCUGCACAAGCAGUUUGAUUUCUGACCACAGCUGUCAAGUUGUUCUUAAUGUUUGGACUUGACUUUAGAGCUCCUCCUUAACCAAAUACCUUUUUCCUCAGUUUAUUCACUGCUUUCAUGCAUUGUUUUCUUCACUUUGAGGAGGCCAUACUUCUACUUCAGAGGUUUGUUUUUUCUUUUCAUAGUAGUCUUAAAAUGAUCAAACAUCUACCUCCUUAUUGCUCAGUCCCUGUGGUUUUAUUCCACUUACACCCAUGUAGUUUUUAUUUAAAGAUGCCAGGGAUUUAAAAAAAAAAACAACAACUUUUGGGCUGACCCUUUAAAGGUUUACAGUUGCAGUAAUUCACACAUAUCUGAAAUGUGCAUGUGCUGUGAGAUGACCUUGUGGAUAUUUUUCAAUCAGGAACUUACAUUUUUGAAUUAUGAACAAUUCCUGUUGUUACUUAUGUCAUUUUAGGUAAUCUUUUUCAAAGAUUACUGCUAUUACAAUAAGUGGAAAUAAUUAUUUUAAUAGUGGUUCAGGUUUAGCGUUAGAUUCAGGGUUUGUUUUUUUAUGAGCUGUGUUGCAGAAACAAGACGAGUGAUUGAAGAAAUGUUUUUCUCCCGAUGAAUAAUAACUAUAAUGAUUUAUUGCCUUAUGUGGAAAUGAGUGUGUUUCCACUUGCGUCUUAGGGUGCCCCUUGGUUUACAUUGUGUUUCAGGAAGAUUAAGCACUGCAGAAUUGGAUGGACUUUGGUGUAAGAAAACAUCCAAGCCAAUAUUUAUACUAGAGGAUGCAAUUUUUACUUGUACAUAUUUUGUAGCUAAAAUCUCAGCUUCUUAAUACUUCAGCAGUUGGAUCUUUGUAAUGGCACCAUCAGCACAGUAUUUGACUGAAUAUGUGUAAAUUUACACUUUAGCCAUACUGUUGUUUUGAGGGACUACUGAGCAUCCUAGAUGUAAAUGUGUUGUUCUCAUGUGCUUAAACACGUCAGUCAUUUGAGCCAUGUUGAGGAAAUAUAUUUGGAUCAACAAGGUUCAGUACAUACAUUGCGAAGAGUGAAGCUGCUCCCAUGGCUCUGCGAAUCUUGUAUAUUUGUACAGUAUGUGUAUUGUGAUUGCCCUCACCUUUUUAUCAGGUAACAAGACUCACUCCAAUUUUGUCUUUCCCAAGCUAGCUGUAGUUAUCCUCAAAUUGUUAAGACAACUUUUAUGCUGUAGGGAGUUUCUGUAAAUGAAACAAAAGCAUUUAACUAAUUUGCUGAGUUUUUGCACCUUAGGUAAGAAAUACCUUUUGAAAAGUUUAACCUGCUACAGUGUACACGAGCCAGCCACAAAUUAAAACUGACCUUAUGUCAUGUCGAUCCCCCCUCGUACAACAGCUUUGAGUGUGUGGAAUUUAAGGGAUGGGUCAGUGCUUUGGGCUCUUUGUGUUGGUUGAGCUGUUCCUGGGCAGUUUGAUGUUUGGCCAGAAGCAAGUGCUGUCCUUAAUCCACUUAUGUACUUUGUUUAAACGCCCACUUUAUUUAAGAGAAAGUGGGUGAUAGACUUGUGUAUUUCAUCUUUCAGAGGUUUUAUCAGUGUGUCUGACUCAUGAAUGUUCACUUUCGUCGCUUGUGCAGGUCAGUGGAAUGAGAGUACACGUAGAUUUCACAAGUACUACUUUAAACCUGAAAGAGGCAGUGUAUUUUCUUUAGCUUCAUAUAAGAGUCACCCAUUUCUCCUGAUGUCUUAUGGUUUGUAUUCCAUCACUUGAUUAAGUUUGUUGUUUUGCUUUGAGUUGAUUGUAUAGCUGUAUUGUCAGUUUUGGAUGUUCUUGUAUAGAUUGCUCUGUGACAUACAGUAAAGAUGACUCUGUAAUCAGCAGCCAGUCUUUGGGUGAAACUGAAGAAAGAUCCUUCUUUCUGAUUGCAUGUGCAAAUAUGCAGGUAAUAUACAACACUUUAAACACUUGUUUAUUUUUUUAUAGCUUGGCACCUGAAAGCUUUAAUACCAUGUUUAUAUAAGAGAAUACACCAAUGACCACUUAAGUACAGUUCUUUUAAUAAUUGGUUGGACCCACUUGUACCCUCAGAAAUGCCUGAAUUCUCCACAGCAUAGAUCCAACCAAGGGCUGGAAGCAUAUUUCAGAGGUUUUGGUUCAUAUUGACAUGAUAGGAUCACACAAUUAUUGCAAAAUGGAAAUUGCUCAAAUUUUCUAUUGUCCAGUUUUGGUUAACCUUUGCAAAUUGUAGCCUCACUUUCCUGUUCUUUUCUUGACAACAAUCACACCUGCUUUGGUCUUCUGCUGUGUAGCCCAUCAGCUUCAAGGUUUGAUAUGUUGUGCAUUCAGAGAUCCUGAUAAUUUGAGUUACUAUUGCCUACCUAUCAGCUCAGUUUCCAAAAUACUCUAAGACCAACCUCUCUAGCACCAACAACCAUGUGUUCCUUCCUUUCCCGUUCUGAUGCUCAGUUUGAACUACAGCAGUUCAUCUGGACUAUGUCUGCAUGGCUAAACAAGCAGUUGAACAGAUAUACCUAAUAAACUGGCCUCUGAAUGUA